AUGAAUGAUCCCUUAGUCAUCAUCUUGUUUCUCGGUACUUGCUACGGACUCAUGGAGAAGAGUUAUGUGGUCAUAUCAAACAAAAAUUCAUCAGAGAUUGCCCUUGAAGCUAUUGGAAGGAAAACUUUAACUCAUCUAGGGAUUGAUUCCGUCCCAAAUUCCCGAUAUUGUUUGCUUUCUUCUGGGAUUCAUUUAAUGCUUCUUUUUUUGUGGGUCAGAAGCAAUGAAAUUUAUUUCUGGAAAGCUCUGGCGCUUGAGCUGAAUAUAAAAAACAUAAAAACGAAGUUCAUCGAACUUAUGUGCCAAUAUUCAAAAGCAUUGACUUCAAGAGAAUUGUUGAACAUUAUUUAA